AUGGCUGUAGCUGGCGAACCAUUGCUCGAUGAUGCCUCAGAUGAUCCCACUCAUAAAACUCGAUGGAGUUAUACAAGCUCUACUGAUCUUCCGUUACCCGAUGAAGAUCCCACGCAGAAAUUCUGUCCCCGUCAUGCCACAACUAUUGCUCGCUUGAAUAGGAGUUCAUUCGGCCCUUACCCAGUUGGUGUGGACUCAGCAACUCCCCAUCGCGAUUGGCAUUUCGGGAAUCUUGAUUACAUUCUGUCGCAUCGGAGCUGGUGUCAAGUGUGUGGCCUUAUUGCAAAUGUUAUUAAUGAGGAUCCUGCCAACUCCAUGUUAGAACGUAACAAUGCAGAGAUAAUUGCCUGCUGGAUAUGGGACGGAGUGCUCAAUAGGAGCAGCGACGAAAUGGGAACCCUCCGACUGAGAAUUGCCCCGGAGAUGGUUGGCUGGGAAGACUUGUUUGAGCCAUUUGAUCUAGUUCCCUUAGCAGACAGUGGCACAAAUGGCUGUUUAUUUCUAGGGCGAAAAGUUGAGGAAAAUCAGUUCAAUCUGGAGUUGGUCAAAGUUUGGACCAAGAGGUGUGCUGAGUGGCAUGGCAGCGAGUGCCUGGAUACGACACCGUGGCAGACGUCUCACUAUGGCGUGCCAUUUAUUCGAAUGAUCUCCCUCACCGACUACAGCUUGAUUGAGACAUCUUGUCCUCCGCCUUAUGCGGCGUUAAGCUACGUAUGGGGAACUUCACCAGUAUUCAAGACGUUACAGGGCAAUGUCAAAGACUUGAUGCAGCCACAAGGCCUACCAGUGCCGUCUCUUCCGAAAUCAAUUCGUGAUGCUAUGGUCCUAGCACGCGAUCUUGGUUUCCAAUACAUCUGGAUUGAUUCCAUAUGUAUCAUACAGGAUUCCACGGACGACAAAGUACAGCAGCUUCGCAUGAUGGACAGCAUUUACAGUCGUGCAAGUCUCACUAUUGUCGCUGCAGCUGGCGCUCAUGCAAACGCAGGAAUUCCUGCCCUUAAUCCAGAUACUCAUCGCAAAGCGACAGCUACAACGUGGAGUACUAGAGGCUGGACUUAUCAGGAGCGACUUCUCUCAAAACGGUGUGUCUUCUCUUUUCCUGACGGAUCUGUGAGUUUUCAGUGCUCAAAGGCUGUUUGGGGUGAAGAUUACUACGCUGAGACGCCAGAUCUGAAGCGUUGCGCGCCGAUGAUGGACAUUUCCUUGAAUCGGAGCUGGAUGGAAUAUUGUAGACUCGUUGAAGAAUACACUGGACGUGAUCUGUCAUACCCAAGCGACCGACUACCCGGCAUCAAUGGUGUUCUGGACGUCUUUCGAAAAGAGUUUGGCCUUCAGUUCCUUCAUGGACUGCCGGAAGUACUCAUUAAUAUGGCUCUUCUCUGGCAGCCACGCAACAAGAUGAAGCGCGUACCCAAAGACCCAAAGACUGGUUUACCAUUCUUUCCGAGUUGGUCGUGGACCGGUUGGACUGGGCCAGUGGGAUAUGAGAACUGGAAUGCCUUCAAUGGUAUGCCUGAGCUGGAUGAUCGUGCCAAGCGUGUCACUCCUUUCGGAAAGUUGGCUAAGAUGGGGUCAAAAGAUCUCGAAUAUUUUUCUUUACCAACAGAGCUUCAAUCAUCUCUCAAUUGGUCAAAAGUUUCCUCACCGAGACACGGGUCUUGUUAUGUUUUGGAUGGCAAUGCCAACAGGUAUCAUUCGAUCCCUUACAUAUCACCAUCUACAAGGCCGGAAGAAGUCAAGACGUUUGGGCAACCACUCUGGCUCAGUCUACGCACACGAGUCGCGAAAUUCCGUCUAACAAAUCUUGUUCUAAGUUCUGAUUUUAAUAAAGAAGACUUUCCGAUCGAGAAGCGAGGCCGCUUUGGACUUUCCCUGCCAUCACCAUCUACGGGCGACCGGCCUUGGUUGGGAACAAUUCUCUUACCCGUGCAAUAUCAUGCCAAGAUGAACCAAGAACAUGAGUUCAUCAUUCUAUCAGAAAGCUAUGGAUUCGAUCGUCAGGAGAUGGCACCGGCAGCAGCCAUGAAAAUGAAACCCUUUGAGGUUUACGAUGUGAUGAUGAUACGGAGAGUUGUUGGCGAGGAGUUGGCGCAGUACAAGUCCCAGCUUACAGCCGAAACAGCGCAUAUGGAUAAGUGGUUCGAUGGAAAAAGCUUUGUGGAGAGGAUUGGAGUUGGACGGAUGGUGAAAAAUGCCUGGGAUAGUGACGACCACUGGGAAGACUUUGUUCUUAUCUGA